ACACACACGCACACCCUCCAAAAGAGCAGCAGCACGGAGGCGGCCGGACUAUUCGCCUUUUUCUUUUGUUUUUUUGUUCUUCUUCUUCUUCCUCAUCGUGGUCGUGGGAGGUGCUUUCUCCUCUCAUCUGCUCGCGCUGUCCAUCAUCUGCCUGCUCGUCUAUUUCUCCAUCUAUCUCAUCUAUAAUUUCUCUGACUUGUGAGCGGCAGCCGGAGGUUUUGGAGAGACUGUGUGUUCUUACCUCUUGUUCUUCUUCUUUUCUCCUCCUCUUCCUCCUCAUCCCGCGGCUGGUGUGUUUGACUGUAGAGAGUAUCAUCAGACCACGUAAAGUCGCCGUGUGUGUGAGCCGCGCUUCGCCUCAUCACCCUCAGUGUGUCUCUCCGCGGUCGUGUUGAUCUGAAUCGGGCCGAUGAGCUUUAGGAUGCAGCUCUUUUCUUCUGUUUCUCCUGAGGAGACUCGCUUCAUUCAUGAGUCUGGACUGCGCCGCGUUUCCAGAUGAGCAAACACACGCGCCUCUUUCUGCUCUUUUACAAUUGGACUAAAUGCGGAGUGAAGCCGGUUCAGCAGAGGUGAAUGUGAACGGGACGCCGGAGGACGUGCGCGCGACUGAAACUUCGGCGGUUCGACGCUCUGAAAACCAGGACGCUGAAGAUCAGCAGCUCCAGAGGGCAAACACACACAAACACACACAAUUACAAGAACAGAGAGAAAUACUGCAGACCGACUGCUCUCAGUGUCCACAGUAGGGUAUGAGAACGCUACAGCAUCAUGUGGUUUCUGAGAUGGAGGAGUGAGAGUUCGGCUGAAAACACACAAGGUUUUUUGCUCCUCCAUCAUGUCCGUCUGCAUUUACCGUGGCUUAGCUCCACCCUCUCAGGCAAGGUGGGCGUGGCUUCAUGUGUUGGCUCCGCUCCCGCGUCACUGGCCCUGCCCGUCGCUGCAGCAGCUGUUGGCCGUGUGUCUGCUGCUGCUGCUGCCGCCGCUGGCCAUCCAAUCACGGCGCGAGCGGGGCGGAGGGGGCGUGGCCCACUACAUCCCAUCAUCGCUGGCGCAGUAUCCGCCCAUCUCCAAGUUGGUGCAGGGCCUGAGCAUCGCGGUGGUGCUAGUGGGAAACUCCAGUGAGGUGGCGCUCGCCGGCACACGCGACAAAGACGACUUUGGCCACAUGCCGCUGGCGCCCAACGUGGAGAUGCUCACCAUGAACGAGACGGACCCCAAGAGCAUCAUCAAGAGCAUCUGCGACCUGAUGACGGAGCACUGGCUGCAGGGCGUGGUGUUCGGAGACGACACCGAUCAGGAGGCCAUCGCGCAGAUCCUGGAUUUCAUCUCCGCGCAGACGCACAUCCCCAUCCUGGGCGUGAAGGGAGGCUCCUCCAUGAUCAUGGCCGCUAAGGUAAGGUGCAUUCUGCAGAGAUGCAUGAUGGGAAACUAUGUAUGUGUGUGUGUGUAAGGAUGAUGAUGAGCCGCUGGAAGCGUCAGACACUGAGAGAAAAUGAUGGAUGGCUGUGAGUCAGAGCUGCGCCCACGAGCUCUAAACGCUGCAAAAUCACACCGCACUCGUCUCUCACUCUCCGCUAAACACGCCGAUGAAGAUGAAGAUGAAGAUGAAGAACCGCUGCUCGGCCCACGCGUCCUGCCUAGCGCUAACCACGCGCAACCUUCACAAUGUCAAGCCAUGAGCUUUACAGAG